ACCGGACAACUCGACUGUCAUUAGAUUAAAUAUACUUUGCACAGAGAGCAUAAAGUGAUGAUGUCGUUUACAAAAUCCAGCCUCUGCAGGUAACAUUAAUACUAUGGGCAGCACAGGUUCCUGCCAGUAAUCCUUUAGCGACCUAAACUAAACGCUGAAGAAACGUAAUACAAGCCAUUUCCGAAGCUACUCCGUAGCCCCCUCCCUCACGCCACUUCUCAGGGGAAGUCUCGCGACACUUUGAAACAUACGGCUAGACGUCACUUCCUGUCAGACUAUGGGUCUCCAACAGUCUAUAGAUUAGGUGGGCUUUUCUUUUUUAAUCAGUAAGUUCGAGCCCCGUGUCCCAGCAUCAUGUCGGGUGGUCCAGCAGUACGUGUAAGCAUCGAGUCCUCCUGCGAGAAGCAGGUCCAGGAGGUCUCCUUGGACGGCUUGGAGACGUACGUCCCACCCCUGUCCAUGUCUCAAAACCUAGCCAAGCUCGCCCAGCGCAUUGACUUCAGCCAGGGAUCCGACUCGGAGGAGGAGGGGACUGAAGGCGAGCACCGGGAGCAUGAGUGGGUGAAGCAGGAGCCUGAGGAGGACGAUGCCACAGUGAAGUUCCAGCCUUCACUGUGGCCCUGGGACUCUGUGCGGAACAACCUGCGGAGCGCGCUGACCGAGAUGUGCGUGCUCUACGAUGUCCUGAACGUCGUCAAGCAGAAGAAGUACAUGACCCUGGAUCCGGUCUCCCAGGACCCAAUGGCUGGGAAGGCCCCUCAGGUGCUGCAGCUGAUUAGCAAGAAGAAAGCUCUGGCCACUGCGGCACAGUUACUGCAGAAAGGGGCAGAGAAGCUCAGCAAGUCUGUGGCAGAGAACCAGGAGAACCGGCGCCAGAGGGACUUCAACUCAGAGCUCCUCCGUUUGCGCUCCCAGUGGAAGCUCCGGAAGGUGGGAGACAAGAUCCUGGGGGACCUGAGCUACCGCAGCGCAGGGUCUUUGUUCCCUCAUCACGGUACAUUUGAAGUAAUCAAAAACACAGACAUUGACCUGGAUAAGAAGAUCCCUGAGGAUUACUGUCCUCUGAAUGUGCAGAUUCCCAGUGAUCUGGAGGGAUCUGCCUACAUUAAGGUUUCGAUUCAGAAACAGGCCCCUGACAUUGGUGACCUUGGUACCGUGAAUCUCUUCAGACGGCAGCCGAAACCAAAAGCAGGAACCCAGCCCUGGCACGUGAAGCUUGAGGCAGCGCAGAAUGUCCUGCUCUGUAAGGAGAUUUUCGCCCAGCUGUCCCGGGAAGCUGUUCAGAUCAAGUCACAGAUUCCACACAUUGUGGUGAAGAAUCAGAUCAUUUCUCAGCCUUUUCCAGGCCUGCAGCUCUCAGUUUCACUGUGCCACUUCACGGGGGACAAGAGGAACUCAAAGGCCUCUCCUGAGAGGCAAAAGGCAGACGAUCACCUCUAUGUUCUAGAACACAACUUGCACCAGCUCAUGAGAGAGUUCCACAAGCAGACCCUGAGCUCCGUGGUAAUGCCACACCCAGCCAGUGCCCCCUUUGGGCACAAGCGCCUGCGGCUAGCGGGGCCCAUGGCCUACGACAAGGCCGAGAUAGCCUCUUUGCAGCAGGGCGAGGGUCUCCUGGAGAAGAUCAUCAAGCAGGCCAAGCACAUCUUCCUCCGAAGCAGAACCGCACGCACCAUCGACAACCUGGCCAGCCGCAUAGAGGACCCUCAGAUACAGGCCCACUGGUCCAACAUCAACGACGUCUACGAGUCCAGCGUCAAGGUGCUCAUUACCUCACAGGGGUAUGAGCAGAUCUGCAAGUCUAUUCAGCUGCAGCUGAACAUUGGGGUGGAGCAGAUCCGGGUUGUCCAUCGGGAUGGCCGGGUCAUCACACUGUCCCAUCAAGAACAGGAGCUGCAGGACUUCCUUCUGUCUCAGAUGUCCCAGCACCAGGUCCACGCUGUGCAGCAGCUGGCCAAGGUGAUGGGCUGGCAUGUGCUCAGCUUCAGCAACCACGUGGGCCUGGGUCCCAUCGAGAGCAUCGGCAACGCGUCCGCCAUCACCGUGGCCUCCUCCAACGGGGAGUACGCCAUCUCAGUGCGCAAUGGACCGGAGAGCGGCUGUAAGGUUCUGGUCCAGUUCCCUCGGAAUCAGUGCAAGGAGCUGCCAAAGGGUGACGUGAUCCAGGAUGCCAAGUGGAACCACCUGCGCGGCCCCUUCAAGGAGGUGAAUUGGAGCAAGAUGGAGGGACGCAAUUUUGUCUACAAGAUGGAGCUCCUAAUGGCCGCACUCACGCCCUGCCCGUAGCCAUGCGGUGGUUGUCUUGGCAAUGGUUGUCAUGGCAACAGAAGACCGCCACCCGCCCAGCUGGCCAGCAUGCGGAAACCCCCCAGACCUGUUAGGCCGGAGCGUGGUUCCGCAUUCCAGCUGAGCCCGACCGGAGUGUGGUCUUACCGUGUUCUUGCUGACAUCACCAUGGCAACAGUGUGUGUCACUCACAUGGUUCUGCGUUACACUUUUGAAACCAGCUGCAAGGACUUUCAGGACUGGUUUAAUGCAGUAAUUAGUUUGCUUGUCUCUCACCCACUGGAUUACUUUAUGGUGACCAGCUAAUUGGUUGUGAUGGUUUGUGUGUGUGUGUGCGUGUGUGAGAGGGGGUGUGUGUGUGUGUGAGAGAAAGGGGAGGGGGGGGAGUUUUUAUGUAGGGCAUGAAAUGUCACAGCUGUUACCAUUUCAUUAAAACCAUUAAUCAUGUUACGAGAUUCUAAAAUUCCUUCAUUCCGCAGUUUAUGUUCAAUAUGAAAACCCCGUGUUUAAGUUUAAAAAUAAAUGUUUUUUGUAGUGAG